UACCUGCACCAUGGCCUCUUUUUAUCUGCAACCUCUAGAGUUAUAACACACAAAAGAAAUGGCAGGUGGAGUAGAGAAAUGCAGACAUUGCGGGGUGCAACUGGUGGUGCCACCAGACACACAAGCCAUUCGGUGUGCUGUGUGCCAUGGGGUCACGCAGCUUCGAUCUACCAACCCCUUCGGUCAUGCACAGGAAAGAAUUGAGCGUGCUGCAGGCUGGUUUAAAGGCUUCGUUAAUAGGGUGUCGAGCAACCACCAUGCAAUUGCGGCUUCUGCCGAUAACUGUUCUGGAUCGGUGACAUCUGGUUAUGGCCGUCAUCAUGCUCAACCGUCUCCAUUGCCGCCACAACAAGUAUCAACUCUUUCCAGGCCUGGAAGGAAGCGGGCGGUGCUAUGUGGGGUGAGCUACUCCGGAGCUAGAAGGCUCAAGGGAACUGUUAAUGAUGUGAACUGCAUGAGAUAUUUUCUGGUUGAGAAGAUGUGCUUUCCUCGAGAGUGUGUGCUUGUCCUUACAGAAGAAGAGAAAGACCCAUUUCGGAUCCCAACAAAACGUAAUAUUAGAUUGGCCUUGCAAUGGCUUAUCCAUGGUUGUCGAUCAGGGGACUCAUUGGUAUUUCACUUCUCGGGCCAUGGUUUUCAACGUCGCAACUAUAAUGGGGAUGAAACUGAUGGAUAUGAUGAAAUGAUUUGCCCUGUUGAUUAUGAGACUGAGGGGCCAAUACUUGAUGAUGAGAUUAAUGCCACAAUUGUAAGACCACUUUGCCAUGGAGCCAAACUUCAUGCUAUCAUUGACUCUUGCCAUAGCGGAACCAUUCUUGAUCUUCCAUUUGUAUGCAGAAUAGAUAGGAAAGGAUGUUAUUCAUGGGAAGAUCAAAGUCAUACUGUUGCCUAUAAAGGUACCAGUGGUGGCCUUGCCCUCUCUUUCAGUGCAUGUGAUGAUCAUCAAACCUCUGUUGAUACUGCGGCUCUCUCAGGAAACCUCGUAACUGGUGUCAUGACUUACAGCUUCAUCAAAGCAGCACAAAAUGAACCUGGACAAACAUAUGGCCGCUUGCAAAUAGCCAUGCACAAUGCAAUUCGUGAGCCUAAAACAGGAUUACAACUAAAUGGUCCGAUUGCGUAUCUUGUGAAGGGAUUGUUAGGCUUGACGCUGUCGCAGGUCUUUCUGGACGUCGGUCCUAGUUGCUUGGAGGGAUUGGGGAGUUGUUUUAAGUUUUAAUUACGUAAGUAUUUUAUUUGUGUAAUAGACUUAUUCGGAGUACCCUUUUUGGGAGAUUGUAAGAUCUAGUGAUGUUCUAAGUAUGGACGUUUGUAUUUGUCGUUACAGUUAGUAAAUUCUGAUAUAUGUCUAAUAGGAAAUCCCGAUAGAUGUUUAUAUUUUUCCGCAACAUUUAUAUCACAGUUAUGUAUGUAUUACACCUGUUUGUCCUUGUUUAGGACGGAUUGUUCAUACAUAUUUAUCAUAUAUAGGUAUUCCGUAUGUUCAG